UUGCCAAUUUGCCUACAUUUGCUGUAAAGUGAGAGUAAAGUGGCUCCCUUAAUUUUUAUUGUAAAAUCAGUAUAAUUAUUUUUGUCAUGUCCCUGUAAGAGAACUUCCGGUUUAGUUUGCAAUGAAGCCCAUCUCUGCCACCGCAUCCCACAGUUCGUUUUCCCUGUCUCUAUAUGUGUGUCUGUGCACGCAUACAUUCGUUCUCAACAUGUUAUUUGUUUCGACUUCAUUCCCAAUACCCUCCCCAUCUAUCGGUCCCUUUUUCUGGACUUGUGAGCCAGGGAGGAAGAGAGAGUUUAACAAGAAAGAGGGGAUGCCUGGUUAUCUAGCCGGAAAGAAGAUCAAGAGAAAGAGAGAGGCUGCUCAAGAAAGAGGGCAGGAACAGAAUAUCAGACAACUGUGACAUCAAAGAAUUGCUUUCAUCAGAUUCAUCAUCAACAUCUGUUAUCUUUUAAAGACCAAAGAAAAACGUUACAUGCGACAAAUAUAUAAACUCUGUGAAAUAUUUCUUCUGAACGGAGAUUAAUGGCAGCGUUUCCCUACUCUACAGUCUGCAGUAUGUACAAGAUGAAUUUGCUUACUUGUAAUUAAAUUUGGAUGAAAAUCAGAGUUGAUGAGAAAAUAGCUGUAAAACAUUUGAAAUAAAUGAACAAUAAAAAGUGAAAGAAGGAAAUAAAUUUAUAUUGUUCUGGGAGAAGAGAAAACUAUUGAAACAAUGGAUAAUGUUACAGACUUAAAGGAUUGAUUUAUUAUUUUGUUGAAGAGAUGCAGAAAGUGACUGAAAAAUCGUCAUACCAUUGUGGUGUGUGUAAGAAACCAUUUUCUCUGGAAAGUAACCUUAUUAAACACAAAUGUAUUAAUAGAGGUGAGAAACCAUAUCCCUGUGACAUUUGUGGGGAAUCAUUCUCUAAAAGGUUUAGUUUAACUGUCCACAUACGUAUUCACACAGGAGAAAAACCAUAUCAGUGUGACAUCUGUGGUAAAUCAUUCUCUAAAAAUGAUGGUCUCACUAGACAUAAACGUACUCAUACAGGAGAGAAGCCAUAUCACUGUGAUAUCUGUGGUAAAUCAUUCUCUGAAUCUGGUCACUUGACUUACCACAAACGUACUCAUACAGGAGAGAAACCAUAUCACUGUGACAUCUGCAGUAAAUCAUUCUCUAGGAAUGAUGGUCUCACUAAUCAUAAACGUAUUCAUAUGGGUCUGAAGCCAUAUCACUGUGAUGUCUGUGGUAAAUCAUUCUCACAGUCUGGUAACUUAACUAAACACAAACGGACCCAUACAGGGGAUUAACUAUAUCAGUGUGUUGGAUAUUUUUCUGAAAAUACUCAUUUAACUAAAUCUAAGCACAUUCAUACAGAGAAGCUUUUAUGACUGAUAUCUGUAGUGAAUCCUUCUCUCAACUGACUUUACUAAACACAAAUGUGUUCAUACAUGAGAAAGUCCAUAUCACUGUGAUAUCCAUUGUAAAUCAUUCUAUAUAACUGGUGAUUUAAGUAGACACAAACGUAUUCAUACACAAAGGAGGCCAUACCAUUGUGAUAUCGGUAGUAAAUCAUUCUGUAAUUUUAAUACCUUAGUUACAAACAUAUUCAUACAAGAAAUCAAUAUAGCUGUGAUAUCCGUGGUAAAUCAUUCACGUGAAGGUUUCAUUUAACUACUCAUAUAUGCA